CCGAGCCGUGCGGGCUCACGCCGGGGGAGCGGCGCUUGUGCCGAGCCGAGCCGACGGCAAGGCGUCCUGCGGGACCCGGGCCCGGCGGGGCCGAGCCGGAGCAGCUGCUGCCCCCAUGAUGUGCGAGGCAGGGCUGAUUGCAGCGGAGCCCUCCAACCCCAUGCAGUACUAUGGUGAGUCGUCUGACACCUACUACCACAUGGACCGCUGGCAGAGGCUGCGCACGGCUGUCAGGAAGCUGGAGUUCUGGGAAAACUUCAACGCUGAGCUGAUAGGCAGCGGCUUCUUCUCCAAGGUCUACAAGGUGACUCAGGCUGCUGCUUGUAAGGUGAUGGUGGUGAAGAUCUACAAGAACGACGUGGACCAAGAGGUGAUUGUGCGUGAGAUCAGCCUGCUGCAGAAGCUGUCCCACCCCAACAUCGUUAGGUACCUUGGGAUAUGCGUGAAGGAUGACAAACUGUACCCCAUUCUGGAGUAUGUGAAUGGAGGUUGCCUGGAGGAGCUCCUGGCCAGCAAAGACAUUGGUUUGACAUGGAAGGAAAAAGUGGACUUAGCUUCUGACAUCACCAGAGGAAUGAUCUACCUGCACUCCAAGAACAUCUACCACCGAGAUCUCAACUCCAAGAACUGCCUCAUUCGAUUGAUGCCGCGGGGUCGCGAGGCACUGGUGACUGACUUUGGGCUUGCCAGGGAGGUGGUGGAGCUGCCUGUGAAGGAUGUGGAGAGGAAGCUGUCUCUGGUGGGCUCUGCUUUCUGGAUGGCUCCUGAGAUGCUGCGGGGAGAGCCCUAUGACCGGAAGGUGGAUGUGUUUUCCUUUGGCAUUGUCCUCUGUGAAAUCCUGGGCAGGAUCCCAGCUGACCCUGAAGUGCUUCCCAGGACUCAGGAUUAUGGCUUGGAUGUUGCUGCCUUCCAAGGGAUGAUCAGCGAAUGCCCCAAGCGGGUGAUUGACCUUGCUGCUAGCUGUUGUUGGGUGGAAGCAUUUAAGAGGCCGUCUUUCUCCGAAAUCCUGGAUGAGUUGGAGGAUGUCACGGAGAGCCUGGAGCCUAGGAGGGACAAUCAGCUUUUGGGCUGAGCUGCUGGCCUUCUGUGAGGCUUGGCACAGAAUCACCCAAACUGUAAAUUAACUAUCUGGGGGGUCAGGAGUGAAGAGGAAGGUGGGGAAGGGAAGAGCUAAGUGAUGCACUGGUGUUUAUUGAA